UCGAUUUAGAUUGAAGAAGGGCUUCAAAGCUGCGUGAAGAUAGUCGCUUGAGUUGGUAUCAAUUUCUGGAAUUAAAGAAAGACUUUCCUUUGUCAACAUGAAAGUAACGAUUUCUCUCCUGCUUCUUGGCUUCUGUGCUCUUUCGGCAUACGGGAAACAAUCCCCUCCCAAGGUGCAGAUAUAUAGCCGUAACCCUGGCAAGUUGGAUGAAACAAACACCCUGAUCUGCCAUGUUAGUGGUUUCCACCCUCCUGAUAUCUCCAUCACCCUCCUGAAGAAUGGGGUUGAGAUCCAGGGGGCCAAGCAGACUGACCUGGCCUUUGAGUCAGGCUGGCAGUUUCACCUCACCAAGAGUGUGGCCUUCACUCCAAAGGCAGGGGAAGAGUACACCUGCAAUGUCCGGCACUUGGCAGCAACCAGGAAAUACACCUGGGAGCCUGACAUGUGAGCUGUGAAGUAAACGCUGAUAUCCUGGUCUAUCAGAUUCUGCAUCUUGGUGUUUCCUGGGAUAUAAUCAACCUUUCCUGCGUCAAGCACCGACUUCACAACCUGCACCAAUACAGGAAGAAGACGACAGUGCUACUUUUAAGCAACGAUGCAUUGACCUUUCAUAGAUUCCAGCUUUUCCAUACAUUACAGAUUAUAACAGCGGUUUGUUCAGUACUUUUAAGUACACUUUUUCAAUCCAGAUAAUGUUUUUCAAACUCAAAUAUUCAUUUUUCUUGCAGCUUGUAUAGACGUUCUUUUAAGAAUGCCAUUAUUUCCAGACUGUUUUUAGUUGCCUAGGUGGCUAGAGACACUGGAUAUGUGACACUGAAUAUUUAAUACGCUCUUCAUGUUUUACCCUGAAAAGCUACUGAAAACACAUUUUAAUAGUUUUCCAGUGUUCAGUAGAAACUGACAACCCUUCCUUUUGUUCAUGGGGCACAAACUCACUUGUUCAUCAGUGGUGCCCCUUUAUGGGUUAUGCGGGUCAAAAACAAAAAGGAAGUACUAUUUGGGCUUUGAUCACUGAUUGUGUGAUGCAUCAAUAUGCAAAAUAUUGUCUUGAUCUGCAAUAAAAUUGUUUUCCCCUUUUAA